UUUAGUCGAAUACUGAGCUUCCAAUUAGACAGUUUCAUUGUUGGUGUGUGUUAAAGAGUGUGCGAGUAUCUUGCUAACUCGCAGAUACUGUGGAAAUAAAUUUUUACACCUAAACCGAGGUAUAACGCAACUCGGUAAUUGUUUUUCUUUUCGAUUUUAUGCUUUUUGUACGCUUAUAAAUCGCAACAAUAUAUAAAGUGAUAAAUAGUUUGUGAAGCGUGUAAACUUUUCUUUAGCAAUAACAAAAAGCUCACAACAACACAACGGUGUGAGACGUCAAAGUCAUGUUCAAAAUUAAUACAAAAACCGAUGCCAUUGCAAUGCAGAGGCAGGCGAAGACGACACCACUCGUCGAGGAUUAUGAGAUCUCCAAUAAAGUGCUCGGUCUCGGCAUCAAUGGAAAGGUGGUGCAAUGUGCCAAUCGCAAAACCAAACAAAAGUAUGCUUUAAAAGUACUGUUAGACAAUCCAAAGGCACGACGAGAAGUGGAUCUGCAUUGGCGUGCGAGCGGCUGUCGACACAUUGUCAAUAUAAUUGAUGUCUACGAGAAUACAUAUGGCGGAAAUAAAUGUCUGCUGGUCGUAAUGGAGUGCAUGGAAGGCGGUGAACUGUUUCAGCGUAUACAAGGCAAUGCGGAUGGGAACUUUUCAGAGCGUGAGGCCGCACAGAUCAUGCAUGAAAUCUGCAUUGCCGUACAUUACCUGCAUAGUCGAGAUAUUGCGCAUCGCGACUUAAAGCCCGAGAACCUGCUGUAUACCAGUAAUGAUAAGAAUGCGACAUUGAAAUUGACCGAUUUCGGUUUUGCCAAGGAGACGCUUGUUAAGGACACACUACAGACGCCUUGCUAUACGCCAUAUUAUGUUGCUCCCGAAGUGCUCGGUCCCGAGAAGUAUGACAAAAGCUGUGACAUUUGGUCGCUCGGUGUCAUCAUGUACAUACUGCUCUGCGGUUUCCCACCAUUCUACAGCAACAAUGGUCUCGCCAUCUCGCCUGGAAUGAAGAAACGCAUACGCACCGGUCAAUAUGAUUUUCCCAAUCCGGAGUGGGCCAAUGUGAGUCAAGCAGCGAAGGAUUUAAUCAAAGGCAUGCUCAAUGUGGAUCCCACCAAACGUUUGACAAUCGAUCAAGUAAUUAGAAAUAAAUGGAUUGCGCAAUACACACAAGUGCCACAGACACCGCUAUGCACCGGCCGUAUGCUGAAGGAGGGCGAGGAGACAUGGCCGGAGGUGCAAGAGGAAAUGACACGUUCAUUGGCGACAAUGCGUGUGGACUACGAUCAGGUGAGCGAAAAAAUGCACGUUAAAGCGCUAGACAAAUCCAAUAAUGCAUUGCUGACGAAACGGCGAAAAAAGUUCGAGGAGGAAUUGGCGGCACAAAAUAAAAAUACAUAAGGAUUUCUGGCCUACAGACGCGUACGUAAGGAGUGAAGUGUGAAGGAGGAGCAAGCACACAUAUGUACAUACAUACUACAUACAGGCGGAGAUGUUACUGGAGCUGUUGGUGCAUGCUAAGCUUGCGCAACGAUCAGUGGAGAUUUUGGACAAGUUUUAUUUUCGCCAAAUUUUUGUUUUAACUUUUCGUCAAAUAACGUUAAGCGUUGUUGUUGGUAAAUUGUGUCAUUUUUAUUUUUUUUUUUAUUUUUACAUGAAUACAAUUAACUAAUAUUUACAAAAAUACAAAAGUGCAUAGAUAUAUAUAUAUAUAUAUAUAUACAUAAAUACGUAUACAAACAUUAAAAAUAUAUACUAUAUAAAAAAUAUAUAAUAUAACACGAAAGUGCUCUUUUUUCCUUUACUAUGUAAAAGCUUAAUUUUGUAGGUUAGGAGACACGCGUUGAUUGCUUACAGCAAACGCUAAUUAAUUAUAAUUAAUACUUACAUACAUAAAUAUGUUAAAUGCAUGAAAUUGCAGGCGUGCAUAUAAUGCAUACAUACAUAUGUACAUUUUAAAUAAAGAAUAUUUGCUGUACAAUACAAUAUUCAAUACGUACACACGAAGACAAGUGCAAAGCACAUUCCAAAAUAAACAGAUGUCUUUGAAAAAAGGAGCAUAAAAUAUGUUUUGAAAAAUAAAGUAAAAAAAAAAAAUUUCAAAUUGUAUAAGAAACGGGUUUUUCAUGUACUUUCUACUUACUUUUGCAUAUGGAAAAAUAAUUUCUGUCUACUUUGGAAGUACUUUGGCUCUUAGACAAGAUCUGUUAAGCAAAAAAAACAACAAAAACACACUAAACUGCUUCAAUAAAUAACAAAUAAAAUCGUAA